UUUGGGUCGUUGUUGAUAUAAGAAACCCUAGUCUAUUGAGACGUUUUUGGCGGGACGGACGAAAGGUGAAGAAACGAAAAUGCAGAUACCCGAGGACGGAGCGGCUUCGGCGGCGGAGGAGUUCAGAGUGUGGAAGAAGAACAGUCCAUUACUCUACGAUCUCGUCAUUUCUCACGCCCUCGAGUGGCCGUCGCUCACAGUCCAAUGGCUUCCCUCUGCAUCAUCCUCCCAUUCCUGGUCCUCCGCUCGCCUCAUUCUGGGCACUCACACAUCCGACGACACGCCUAACUUCUUGAUGAUCUCCGCUGUUCAGCUCCCAUCUCCUACCCAUAUUGCUGGUGAGCCGCUGCUGAACUCGCCACUGCCGCCGGUACCCAACAUACGGAUCGAACAGAGGAUCAGUCACGAGGGGGAGGUAAACCGAGCGAGGCACAUGCCGCAGAAGCCUUCGCUGAUUGCGACCAAGUCAUGUGGACCGGAGGUGCACGUGUUUGACUCCGGAAAGCGGCCGACGAUCCCGCCGAAUGGGGAGCCAUGCAGACCCGACUUCGUUUUGAGGGGGCAUUUGACGGAAGGUUAUGGCCUAGCUUGGAGCUCGAUGAAGGAAGGAUACCUUUUGAGCGGCUCAUACGAUUCUAAGAUUUGCCUGUGGGAUGUGGGCAGUGUUACAAAUGAGAAGGUUCUUGAUGCCAAGGAGGUCUUUGAGGCUCAUGAGGCUGCAGUUGAAGAUGUUGACUGGCACUUUGAUAAUGAGAAUUUGUUUGGUUCUGUGGGCGAUGAUCAUCGUUUGAUGUUGUGGGACUUGCGUUCAUCAAGAAAACCUGAGCAUUCAGUUUUAGCUCACGGAGAUGAGGUUAACAGUUUAUCCUUUAACCCAUUUAAUGAGUGGCUUCUUGCGACUGCAUCAGUGGACACAAAUAUUAAACUGUUUGAUUUACGGAAGCUGACAUCGAGUUUGCACACUUUCUAUAGCCACACAGGACCUGUACUUCAGGUUGAAUGGAGCCCUCAUCACGAAACUCUGUUGGCCUCAUCUUCUGAGGAUAAAAGACUGAUGGUUUGGGACCUUUGCCGAAUUGGUGAUGAGCAAAAUGAAGGGGAUGCCUCGGAUGGGCCUCCUGAGCUGCUUUUUGUACAUGGAGGCCACACUGCAAAGAUUUCCGAGUUCUCAUGGAACCCUGAGGAGCCCUGGGUGUUCGCCAGUGUCGCUGAGGAUAACAUUUUGCAAGUCUGGCAGAUGGCAGAGAGCAUAUAUCGAGAUUUUUAUGACAAUGAAAGCGAUGGAGAUGCAUAUGCUAUCAGCUGAGCUAGAUAACUUUUCAAAUAUUAUGGAUUCUGCUACAAGCCUACAACUAUCAUAUUGUGUGAUCCUCAUUGCUGUCAUAUUGGUUCAACAGAAUUACAAAUAAGUGCAGAAUCCUACUGCAUUUUCAAUAUCAGCAAUAUGUGUUUUUAUGCAACUAGCCAGAUAUCCCUAUUUCUCCUUUUAUGGACUUGAAGCAAGCAAGUUUUUUGGUCCAACAACUGUGGUGAGAUUAUUUCCUCUUGUUAUUUAGCUUUUACUA